AUUGACUUUUCUGUCUGAAGGAUCCUGUAAUGGCUAUGGUUUUUCAAUCGUGCGAACGUGACUCAUUCGAAUUGGUUUCGAAAAAUCUGAAAGCAUGCAAUGUGAACUGAGAGUGACUCUUCUUUCUAAAACCCCCGUCGUGGGUUGCGAGAUCACCCCCGCUGCCACCUUAACAUGUCGUGGAUCAUUCGGUGUUCCUCUUCAUUCCGUUAAAUUCGAAUGGUAUCGGGAGCAGGAUCAGACUGUGACAUCUACUUGUUGUGUGCACAAUUCUGAGAUAGCUACUUUUCAGUGUAUGUGUUGUGUAAUGUUAAAGGUACCAGUGAAAGAGAGUUACUAUUGCUCUAAGAGGUGCUUCUCUGAUACAUGGGUGAAACACCAAGCACGUCAUAAACGGGCAGCUGAGACAUUAAGUAAGCUUACAGAUGGAUCUUGGUUACCUACUAGUUCUUGGUUUGCCUAUGAAAACAGAGACUUAGUCGAUUCAAUGGAAACCGUGGUGGAACGAGAGGGUAGAUCAUGGAUUAGGGUGGGUUCUUCAAAGACCUAUAUACCCUCAGCGGAUGAUUUUGGCUACAUUUUGAGAUUAGAAUCCACAGCCACAGACAGCACUGAGGGAAAUCCAUUGGCCCCAACAAAUAUCAUAUUGACUUGCCCUGUAAUUUCUGCAGCUGAGCCUCGUCCACGUUGUUUGAUCAAAUUCAUACCUCAGGAAGGACCUAGAAACUUCAAUUUGGAACGCCAAUCCUCCGCAGAUGGAACUUUUAAUGUACUAUCUUAUAAUGUACUAGCACAGUUGUAUGCUUACUACAUCCGUUACAGCGAAUCAUGGGCUAUUUUGUGGGAAUACCGUCGGCAUAAUCUGCUCCGUGAGAUCAUUGAAUAUCAAGCAGAUAUACUUUGCCUUCAGGAGGUACAAAGUGAUCAUUUCGAGAAUUUUUUUGAACCUGAGCUGGUAAAAUGUGGCUACUCAGUCCUUUAUAGGGAGAAAACAAAUAAGAUGUAUACAGGUUGUGGACUUGCAAUUGAUGGGUGUGCAACAUUUUUCCAUCGAGGUCGUUUCAAAGAAAUUAAGCGGUAUGAGCUUGAAUAUGCUAAAGUUGCAUCAUCAGUGGUUUCUACCCUUAAUAUAGAGAAGAAAAAUGAUGCUCAAAUACGCCUGGCUAAGGAUAAUGUUGCCCUUGUUGUAAUACUGGAAAAAAUCAACACCGAUUCUGACACUUCGCAUCCUAGAUUAUGUGUGGCAAAUACUCAUAUACAUGCCCAGGCAUUGCACUCAGAUGUCAAAUUAUGGCAGGUUGCAACCCUUAUCAAUGGGUUAGAGAAAAUUGGCAAAUCAGAUAUCCCUGUAAUCUUAUGUGGGGAUCUGAACUCUCUACCUGGAAGUGCUCCUUAUAAUCUUCUAGUUAUGGGCAAAGUUGAUUCUGAUCAUCAGGAUAUGGCAGAAGACCCUUAUGGCGUAUUUCAACAUCUUGUGUUUAAGCACUCAUUGCACUUGAUGAGUGCAUAUGCAAGUGCUAGUGGCAUGUUCUUAGAGCAGCAAUGGAGAAACAUAGACCCUAAAACCCAUGAGCCUACAUUCACUCAUUUCUCUCCGCAAUUCAGAGGAACCUUGGAUUACAUUUUCUACACAGCUGACAGUUUGAAGGUUGAAGGUCUUUUGGAGCUUCUUGAUUUGGAGUCUGUAACAAAAUAUACAGCACUUCCAUCACCAGAGUGGUCAUCAGACCAUAUUGCACUCAUGGCAAAAUUUAGUUUCAAGUCAUUCUGCAGGGAGAAAGAAGUUGAGCUUCCUGAGACCCUAUGGUGAGAGUGAAAAUUUGAGCUGGUGAUUGAUUAGUGUCGAUCUGAGUGUAAAGGGUGAGGUGCAGGUUUUGAGUGAAGAUCACUGAGUUUUCAAAUGAUUGAUUUCUUAGCAGGCAAGUUAUUUUCUUGCUGGCUGAGAUACAGGAUAUUCUUUGAAUUGGUUUAGACAACUGCCAUUGGAUGAUAUGAGUGACAACAGUAAUAAUGAUUACUUUUUCGUUUUUUUGGGUUCAAGUUAUGGCUAAAAUCGUAGAAACACUAGUUCUUCAAAUGAAAAGAGAAGACACAGACUUUAGAAGGGAUGGAUGGUGGUGAUGAUGUGUUUACAGAUUGGUGCAUGGCUUCUUCCUGACAAAAUUAGAAAUGGCACCGACCAUGAAUCUUUCUAGGCCAAACAUCAGGUCAACUUCAUACCCCCAUCUUAUAUUUCUUUUAAUGUACUGUAAGAUGUGUUUGAAUGUAAGGAAAUGGAAGUGGCCAGUGGA